AUGGUGUCUCACUUGACUCUAGCAGUCCUGCUCUUUGCAGGAACAGCUUUAGUAGGAGCCAAACGAAUUAUUGGAGGCGAAGAUACCACUAUUGAAGAAUACCCCUACAUAGUGCAAGUGGAAACCUAUAGGGACUGGGAGAACCUAUGGAGGCUUGGGUGCGGAGCCAACAUCCUGACCACUAGAUGGCUUAUGUCCGCUGCACACUGUUUCGCUGGAUGGAAUUACAGACCUGAUUUCAGACGUAUCAGAGCGGGUACCACUAUUAAGAAUACCGGGGGAUCUGUCCAUUAUGUAGACUAUGCCAUCAAUCACCCUGAAUAUACGGUUGCAACUCGAUACGAUGGCGACAUCAACGUGGUGAGGCUAUUGACUCCAUUGGUCUACACGCCAGUAAUCCAGAAAGCGACAAUUGUCCCACAAGACUACAUUCUUCCCGACAAUGUUCCUGUAGUCCACGCUGGUUGGGGACACACAACUCAAGGGGGCAGUACGUCUAGAAUUCUCCAACACGUCGAAAUGUACUCUAUCAACACUGAGCUGUGUAGACAACGUUACCUACGCUUGAGGGAAACUAUCACUGACAACAUGAUCUGCGCCGGGCUCUUGGAUGUCGGUGGCCGUGAUGCUUGCCAGGGUGAUUCCGGUGGACCAUUAUAUGCCGGCGGUUCAGAGAACCGCGUGAUUGUAGGUGUCGUGGCUUGGGGACACGGAUGCGCUAACGAAACGUACCCUGGAGUUAGUACACGUGUCGCAUCCUACACAAAUUGGGUUCGUGAAAACGCUCGCUAA